GGUUGUGGUGAUCUCGUUCUCAAGAGCAAUUUCUUGUCCUUUUACGACAACAGUGCUAGGGAUCGGUCUCUGAAUCCAAGAACGCAAGAAUCGUAAAGAAUCUUGGCAAUCUUACCAUAAAAAGUAAAAAUGAUUAUAUUCAAGGAUCUAUUCUCAGAGGAUGAGCUGUUUACAGACACCUUCAAGUACAAACUUGUAGAUGAUAUUUAUUAUCAUAUUGAAGGAAAGUUUAUCCAACAAAGUGAGACUGGCGAUUAUGACAUAGGUGCUAAUCCUUCUGCAGAAGAAGCUGACGAAGGAACAGAGGCUAGUGUUACAACUGGUAUAGAUGUUGCGCUUGCUAAUCGUCUUAUUGAAAUGUCAACUACCAAAGCUCAAUACAAAAAGGACAUUAAGGUUUAUGUCAAGAAGCUGUUGGCAAAAGUAGCAGAAACUGACUCAAAAAGAGCCGACUUCUUGAAGAAUAAUCUGCCAAAAGUGAUUACGGAAUGGAUUAAAGAAUACGACAACAUGACUGCAUUCAAAGGGGAGAGCAUGUCAGUAGAUGGGACUUAUGUUUUGUGCAAAUAUCCAGAAGGAGAUUGCAAUAUUGGCUGCAAGAUUGAUGUCUAUGUGCUUAAAGAUGGUUUGGUUGAGGAGAAAGUGUAAACUUCAAGAUCGUUGGCAUCCAAAACUUGCUGUUUGCUUGGAAUAUUGAAAAAUUCAACUACCGGACAGUCAAUUUGUUAAAUGGUAAUCUAAUGAUUAUAA